AUGUUGAAUAAGGGGAAACACCUAUUUAACUUGACGUUUGCAGCGAAAGAGCUUAAUAAGACUGCCAAGAGAUGUGAUAGAGAAAAAAAGGCUGAAAAGGCCAAGAUUAAAAAGGCCAUUCAGAAAGGCAAUACAGAAUUUGCAAGAAUAUGUGCUGAAAAUGCAAUCCGCCAGAAGAACCACACAAUUCGUUUCUUGAGAAUGAAUGCUAGGGUUGAUGCUGUGGCAGCCAACGUUCAAACCGCUGUACCAAUGGGCAAGGUAACUGAGUCCAUGGCAGGCGUAGUUAAAUCUAUGGAUGUUACGUUGAGGAGGAUGAGCCUUAAAAAGAUGUCUGCCCUGAUGGACAAAUUUGAACACCAGUUUGAAACACUGAAUGUUCAAACACAACAGAUGGAAGACACAAUGAGUAGCUCUACAACCCUAAUAAUACCACAAAACCAAGUAGAUAUGCUGCUUCAAGAAAUGGCCGAUGAAGCCGGCCUUGAUCUCAAUGUGGAACUAGCACAUGAUGUACAAGUUUUUGUUUGA